UACCUCAUCCCUGUGAUUUACAACAAACGCGGCCCGUGAUUCUCGGUUGGCAGGUGCGCCGUCCACCGCGGGAGACGACUGCGUUAGACGAUGGCUUAGUUACGGCUCUGACCUCACCGUUUGAUAACGUGCUAAAUGUGCACUUCCGCGCGCAAGAGCGUGCGUCCGCAUCUGCAACUCACCACCGGCUGCGCCAGUCGCACGUUGGCCGAUGACGGAUGCGCACCGGCUGACAGUUGACGUGUCUCCGACAGCGGCACGCUAUUUCGGGACAUCAUCGUCAAGAAUACCGGUGCGGUCGUAUCGGUGCCGAUGAAGGAGACGGAUGCUGCGGUAUAAUGGCAUCCAGGAGGCCGACGAAGUACGACGACUCGUAAAAUCACGAUGGAACCGUGCAAAGGGUCCUGGAAGGUCUUAAUCUUCGUCUGCGUCUUGGCCGUCUACCUGUGGAUGUUCUUCGUCGAUUAUUCGCACACGCUGUCGCAGAGGAUAACACUACAGAGAACGCGGAUCUCCGUGUCGGCGAGGAACGUUCCGCAUCUGCAGAGUCUCGAGCAACCAAAACUCGAGGAGGUGUCUGACGGAGCGGUCUCGAGAUUCGCGAAGUCACAGUCAGCGUCGCCGCGGAAUUCGAGCGAUACGCUCAAGGGAAACGUGUCCACGUCGAAAUACCAGACCCUGAAGCAACAGGGGCUGAUGCCCAGCAGACAGUUGCCGACCGCACUGAUAAUCGGCGUGAAGAAGGGCGGCACCAGAGCUCUCCUGGAAUUUCUCAGACUGCACCCUGCUAUUCGCGCCGCCGGCUCGGAGGUUCACUUCUUCGACCACCACUAUGUCAAAGGCUUCCGAUGGUACAGGCGUAGAAUGCCACCGACUAUGGUCGGCCAGAUCACUAUGGAGAAGACGCCGUCGUACUUCGUGACGAGCGAGGUGCCGAAGCGGGUGAAGCACAUGAACCCGGGGAUGAGGCUGAUCGUUGUGGUGCGGGACCCCGUGACCCGGGCGAUAUCCGAUUACACGCAGGUGAAGAGCAAGCGCGUCAAGAUGCCGCGGUUCGAGGACCUCGCUUUCCUGAACGGCUCGCGGAUCGUCGACACCUCGUGGGUGCCGUUGAAGAUCGGGGUUUACGUGCGGCACCUGGAGAGGUGGCUGCAGUACUUCCCGCUGUCACAGUUCCUGUUCGUCUCGGGCGAACGUCUGAUCGCCGAUCCUGUAAUGGAGAUCACCAGGGUGCAGGACUUCCUCGGCCUGAAGCGGGUGAUAUGCGAGAAACACUUCUACUUCAACGCCACUAAAGGCUUCCCUUGUUUGCUCAAGUCGGAGGAGCGCGCGACGCCGCACUGUCUCGGAAAGAACAAAGGUCGCAGUCAUCCUUACAUCGAUCCCAUGGCAGUUCAACGUCUGCGUGAUUUUUAUCGGCCGUUCAAUCAGCGCUUCUAUCAACUGGCGGGUAUGGAUUUCGGCUGGUUCUGAAACCCGCGCGUUAUCAUGUGGAAUAAAUACAUAUCGUAAGUAGGGAAAACAGAAACGGAGAACGUCAAUUUUCGUCAUAUAUCGAAUAUCUCGCAGUCUAUCUAUUACGCCUGAAUAUCCUGGUAAUCUGGUCAGAUAGAAAUACGCGCGUAUUAACGAGAUCCCUGUUGGAAAUUUCCACGUGGAUUCCUACGGAAAUCCAAUGGAAUUCGUGUGCAUCCGUAACCAUACAAUACAGACCUCCAAGGGACGUCUUAAAGAUGUCCGGAGGACGUCCCUGUGUCCUAAGGACGUCCAUCGGAUAAAGUAUGCUGUAGGAUCUGAUACAUAUCGAUAUUACAAAUCCAUAUAGAAAUCCAUAUGGCGCGUGGAAAUCCGUAUAGGAGCCCGCAUGGUUUGUAAAAAUUCGUAAGAAAUUCACAUGGAUUUCUAGGAUUUGGGUGUUUUUUUUUUCGGUGCGAAUCCCCAGAGGAAACUGGGAUUUCAUAUAGAUUUUCUGUAUGAAUUCCUACCUGAUUUUUCUUCUUUCAACGGGGAUAUCGAAACACGCGCUGUUAGCGUCCAUAGCGUGUUCGCGCGGAUUCUGCUUAUGAUCGGGUGGAUUUCAUCAUCUCGAUGUGCCGGCAAAGUGCAAAGUGAUUCUUAAUUGUUAAUUCUGCCAAUUCUGUCGCACGUUACGACGCGUUAACGCUUACUAAGGUUAUUGCUCGUUACUUUUCGCUUGUUACUGUAAAAUGGUAAUUUACGAAGACCCGAGCGUAAGUUCGCGUAAGACUAGGAUGCGAAAUGAGCGAGAUUACCCUCUAAGGGCUACAUUUACAACUGUGCUGUCGUACAAGUAAGACGAAAGAUGGUUUACACGCUAUUUCUCCGAGUUAUCAAUAGCGCACGGUCAAUCCCGUCCCGAAGUCCCGACGAAAAACCGCGACAUAUCUAUUCACUCACUGAGAAAAAUUUCCAUCGGAUAAACCGACUAAAUGAUGUGUCCGAUUGUUAUUUUUAUCGUCCGAUCGAGUGUCGGAUAUCUUCACUAUCCGAUAAAGUAUCCGAUGAUGAAGUUACCGAUACAGUUGUCGAUAAAAUCUAAUCGGAAAAUUAGUCGUUACUUUUACAUAUCCGUUGUAAUUUUCAUCGAAUAAAGAUACGACUUGAUCGGACACUGCGCUUGAUUGGAUAUAUCAGUUUGUUACUUUUUAAUUGGAUUAUCCGGUCAGAUAUGAUUGGAUAUUUUUCUCAGUGCUGUAAUUACAGUAAUUAUUAUAACGAUUAUGAUGAUCAGAGAAUCACAUAUCCGAGACAUAUCCUUGUACUCGCUCUAAUGGAAAGAUUAAUCGAGUUAAUUGUAUGAGUAUAUAUUGUACAGUGAACAUGCGUGGAAAACGGAAGCGAAUAGUUCGCGUAUAGUUUCUUCGACUCAAGACGUACAACUUGUUAGACAUACAACUGUUACUUUCGCCGAAUAAGAAAAUACGAGCACAAUUAUUUGUAAUUAGUUGCGUCGAAUGCAUAUAUUAAGAUAUAUUUACCCGUUUCUCGUCCUUGUUAUGUAUUUUUAAUCCGUUCCGAAAUGUUCUUACACUACUUGCGUAAGAACUCGAAUGCAAUAUGUGAGUAAUAAUUCUCUCGGUACUCAAAGACGCGUACGGAAUGUACGUACCGCGGGGUGCGAUUAUAUCAUAAUAGUUAUGCAACAAUCACACAGGGGUGGAUUGA